AUGUCAAAGAAUUCACGUUCAUCUUCUACAGCAGUUAAUUCAUCUCAACGAAAUUUACAUAAUCCUCUUAUGAGAACUCCUGUUUCAGAUAUCUCUAACAGAUCUCCUCUUUCAGAUAUCACAAAUGUUACUUCACCGAAUGAAAGGCGUAAGCUUCGAAAAUUAAUACUUGAUAAUAAGAAAUUAAAGAAUGUGUGGUCAUCAUCAGCUGCUAAUUCAUCUCAACGAAAUUUACGUAGUAAGAUUACUCCACCGAAUGAAAGGCGUAAGCUUCAAAAAUUAACACUUCAUAAUAAGAAAUUGUUAAACGCAUCGUCAUCAUCAACGAAUGUUCGUAACAUCUUUUCUGACAAUGCAAAUAUGGUUGAAUGUUCUGAUUCUACGGAUCAACAUAUGUACUCCAUUGCGUGUCGAGCAGUUAGAAAUGCUACUGGUUCUUUAAUUUCAACUACACCAGGUACACCAGCAGAUAGCAACCGUCGAUAUUCCAUUACUUCUAGCAUUAUUAGCAGUAACAAUCAGUCGAUAUUGGGUAGUAACUCUACGCUUACACGGCUGUCUUCUGGUAAACGUAACCUUGAGGGCAAGAAGCGUGAUAAUACUCCUGUACCUAUGCUCUCUUUGGAUUCCGAUCAAGAAAAUGUGUUCUUUUGCACUGAUGAAGAUCCUUAUAAAGGGAUAUCUAAAGAUUAUUUGGACCAUGGUGACCAAGUGCUUACAUGUCAGCUUUGUAGUGCAAAGUUAUGGGCAUUGGAAGGUGGAAAAGGUCGUUUAACUUUAAAUAAGCCAUGUUAUGGUAUGUGUUGUGGGUAUGGUAAAGUUCAGCUACCGCCUUUAAAGGAUGCACAUCCGUCUUAUCAAAAUUUGUUUUCUUCCUCAAAUCCAGAAAGCAAGUUCUUCCGGAAGAACAUAAGACGAUACAAAUCUAUGUUCUCUUUUACAUCUAUGGGUGGAAAGCUUGAUUCUAAUAUCAACAAGGGCAAUGCUCCAUUUAUAUAUCGUAUCAGUGGCCAAAACUAUCAUUGCAUGGGGAGUCUCAAACCUCCAGCUGGAAAUGAAGCUAAGUUUUGUCAGCUAUACAUACAUGAUACUGAAAAUGAAAUAACAAAUAGACAGGCAUUAUUCAGAACCAAACCUUCAUCGCCUGCUGAUAAAGAACUUGAUGUUGAAAUGAUAAAGUAUUUGAGGGCUUUAUUAGAUUCACAAAAUAUGUUGGUUAAGAAAUAUAGGAUGGUUAGAAACCAUUUUCACCAAUCUCCAGAUGCCAACCUUAGUCUUCGACUAAUUUAUAGAAGAGAAAAAGACGGCAUGACAUAUAACUUACCCACCACAUCUGAAGUUGCUGCUUUGGUUGUCGGAGACAUAGAUAAAGCUAUAGACCAUCGUGAUAUUGUUGUCCAUACGCAGUCGAGAAUGCUGCAGUGUAUUAGCGAAUUACACCCAUCGUAUCUUGCUCUUCAAUAUCCGUUACUUUUUCCAUAUGGUGAUAAUGGUUAUAGAGUUGAUAUUCCUCAUAGAGAUUUUAUGUCCACACAAAAGAAAAUAAAACCAAAGUGCACAAUGAGAGAAUUUUUUUCAUAUAGGAUCCAAGAUAGAACUUAUGGCUUUUCCUUAAUUUUAAAUGGGCGAAGGUUGUUACAACAGUUUUUGGUUGAUGCGUACACAAUGAUUGAGAGCGAAAGAUUAAAUUACAUUCGUAGGCAACAAGCGAACCUUCGUUCUGAAACAUUUGAGAAUCUUCAAAAGUAUAAAUCUAAAGGUAAGGAAGUUUUAACAGAUACUGGAAAGCCUGUUAUACUUCCUUCUUCAUUUACUGGUGGUGCAAGAUUCAUGCAACAAAAUUACCUCGAUGCAAUGGCCUUAUGUAAGUGGUAUGGGUACCUUGAUUUCUUCAUAACUAUAACAUGUAAUCCUAAGUGGCCUGAAGUAAAAAGAUUUCUAAAAGAUUCAACCAUCAAAGCCGAAGACAGGCCUGACAUAUUGUGUCGAUUGUUUAAAAGGAAGCUUGAUUCCUUAAUUAAAGAUUUUAAGGAUUCCAAGUAUUUUGGUGAGAUUAACGCUGUUGUUUAUACAGUAGAAUUUCAAAAGUGUGGUCUUCCUCAUGCACAUAUAUGCUUAUUCAUGAAGGUCGAUCACAAACUUCCAACCAUAGAUCAUAUAGAUCCAUUUAUUUCUGCUGAGAUUCCCGAUAAAAAAGAAGAUCCUGAACUUUAUUCUCUUGUGACUGAUUAUAUGAUUCAUGGUCCGUGUGGGAAUGCUAAUUUGAAUUGUCCUUGCAUGGUUGAUAAAAGAUGUUCAAAAAACUUUCCGAAGAAAUUCACACCACAUACAACUAUUGAUUCAAAUGGUUUUCCUGUAUACAGAAGAAGAGAUUCAGGUCAUACAGUUAUAAAAUCUGGUGUUAGAUUAGACAACAGAAAUGUUGUUCCUUAUAACAAAAGGCUUUUGAAAAGAUAUCAAGCACACAUUAAUGUUGAAUGGUGUAAUCAAGCCGGUUCAGUGAAAUAUUUGUUCAAGUACAUCAACAAAGGUCCUGAUAUGGCUACUGUGGUAGUUUCUGGUGAUACAAGUUCAACCAUCAAAGAAAAGCCAAAAGACGAGAUCAAGGAGUAUUAUGAUUGUAGAUAUAUUUCAGCUUGUGAGGCAUCCUGGAGAAUAUUCUCUAAUGAGGUUCACUAUAGGUAUCCUGCUGUUAUGAGGCUUCCCUUUCAUUUGCCCGGCCAAGAGAAUGUUGUGUAUGGUGCUGAUGACGAUAUUGAUAAUGUUUUAAGCAAGCCUUUUGUUGCUUCUUCAAUAUUUAUGCAAUGGAUGAAGUUGAACGAGAUAAAUAAAGAUGCUAGAAAGCUAACUUAUGUUGAGUUUCCUUCCAAAUUUGUUUGGAUACUUAAAGAUAGAUGUUGGCAGGAUACUACUGAUAAAGUUAAAGGACCUAGAUCAUUUGAGGAGAUACGUACAGUUAACGGUCAAUUAUUCCCGACUUUUAGAGAUGCUUGCUAUGCGAUGGGACUUUUAGAUGAUGACAAUGAAUACGUUGAGGCCAUUAAAGAAGCAAGUUUAGUGCUUCCUGAACAUCAGAUUAAGAACCUUACUUUGUUGAAAAUUGAAAACUAUUUAAUUUCCAAUGGUUCGUCAUUACGAAGGUUUGUCACUAUGCCGUACCCUGAUGACGAUUCCUUACGUGAUGCUUCUAAUCGUCUGAUCAAUGAAGAGCUGUCACAUGACCUAGAUGAAGUACAAGCUGAGUUUAACAGGUUGCAUCAAUCUCUUACAGAUGAACAACGAGCGGUUUUUGAUGAAAAAAUGGAAGCAGUUGUAGGGCGUAAAGGAGGCCUUUUUUUGUCUAUGGUUAUGGUGGAACUGGAAAAACCUUUUUAUGGAAGACUUUGGCUUCAGCUGUUCGAUGCAGAAAUAGAAUAG